GUUGGAGGUUUGAAGAAUGGCACCUCUGUGGUCUCUGAGUGUGCUCCUCGCUGCAUUCGUCCUGCUUCAGAAUGAUAGAGUUCAUGCAGAUGACGAUGAACCCCUGGGCAGUCCAUUUGUACAAAGAGCUGUACGUGAAGCCAUUGAACUGGUGGACAAAGCAUAUAAGGGGACCAGAGUUAGCCAAAAAGAGCGGCUGAGCAAAAGAUCCUUGAAGGCUGGUGACCUCCUGCGUUUCUUCAAGCACCCAAUGGCAGAGACCAGAGUUGCCGUGCGGUCAGCGGAGUACAUGGAAAACACACUGCGCCUCAUUCAGCACCACGUCCAUCGAGUUCACAAACGCUCACUGAAUGCAACAGAUUUGUUAACACCAAGUGACCUGGAUGCCAUUGCGCGUGUCACAGGCUGUCUAGCUGUACGUCAGCCCCCACUCUGUAAAAGCGACUGUUUUACAGACCGAUACAGGACCUUCACCUCUGUGUGCAACAACAG